UCAACACUUCACCGAAAAGAAAAAUGGUAAGCUUUGCAGGCAAUGGUUUCUCAACGGAGAAAAAGCUGUUCAACAAUGGGUUUCAGCUCUAUAACUGUAAUUUCUUAUCAAGGUACGUUCUUGCACCAUUUGUUCAAGCAAGUCAAGUAUGUGGAUCCGAUAAAUUUAGUUCUGUUCAUGUGAAUCUUUUUAAAAUGGGGAGCCAGCAUCGCAAUGCCGUGAUGGUUUGUGCAACCAGGAGGAGAAGGGCAGCAUAUUCAAGGACAGAGACCUAUGUUCUACUGGAACCCGGACAGGAUGAGAAGUUUGUCUCCAAAGAAGAGUUGGAAGCCAAGUUAAAGGGGUGGCUUGAAAAUUGGCCUGGUGGGACCCUUCCACCGGACCUUGCAAGAUUCAUGACCACCGAUGAUGCCGUUUCUUACUUAGUAAGGUCAGUCUGUGAACUGGAAAUAGAUGGAGAUGUUGGUUCAAUUCAAUGGUAUGAAGUUCGAUUAGAGUGAGAUUAGGCAUCACAAGUCUUGACAGUAGCAAUUAUGUAAAUUUCUACUUUCGUUCUUAAUGAUGGAAAAAAUCUUUACAUAUUUCCAGUGCUAAAUACAGAGCUAGCCAUCUUAAAGCAUUUGCUUAA